CUUUCCCUGUCUGGAUUAAUUUCUCGUGUGUUUCGUUACACGCGGUGGUCGUGUGGGAGUGGAGAAAAGAGAAAAUUCUAGCAUAUCAGUUCUACCGGCAAUCCUUGUCUCGGUCAACUGCAUGCAGCAAGUCCUGGCAGAUACAAGUUUUUUCAAGAUGUCUGGCAUGAAUUCCAAGAAACAGCCCACAAUCUCGAAGUUUUUUGCCUCCAUGAACAGAGGAGGAGCAAAAAACUUCACCACAGAUGAGGAGAAGAAAGAGAAAAAUCAUGUCCAGGUGGCAGAGGUCAGUGUAUCUCCGGCCAUCAAGCGAGCCAACAGCAGCAGCAAGGGAGGCAGAGGAGGCAAAAGCUCAGCAAAGAAAGCAAAGAUCGAGAAUGACAAGAACAGUCCCCCUUCCUCCUCCCCAACCCAGAACGGCAGCCCCAAGAAGAGGGAGCUUGGAGCGUGGACAAAAACAAGACUCAAUGCUUUUUCUUGUGAUCCAGAGCCUGAGGAGAAUGGGGUAACCUCUAUGGACGUGGAUGAAGUGGAGUCGUCACUAGAAACUUCCCAAAAGAAUGACAAGAAUGGUGUUGGGAGCAGACUGGAUUCUUUCAAGAACACAAACAACAGCAGCACCAGUCAAUCUUCGUCUGCUAGGGGUCUGUCCUCCUUCAAGGCUGCUCCUCAGACUGCUAGCGUUCGGAUGAAACUGACCCCCCUGGAGCAACAGGUGGCGGACAUCAAGAACAAGCAGCCUGACGUCCUGCUGUUUGUCGAGUGUGGCUACAAGUACAGGUUUUUUGGCAAUGAUGCAGCCAUUAAAUUGCUGCUAAAGGAACUGAACAUCAUUGCUCACCUGGACCACAGCUUCAUGACGCCAGCAUCCCUACACACCGCUAGGCGUGUAUGUACGCCCGGCUGGUGGCCAAAGGUGUGUGCUCUGGGCAGGUAA